AUGUCCCAAAAUCCAUCGUCUGCGAAUUAUGCCGGUAUCAGCAGACGCGAUAUCAUGGCACGGUAUUUCAAUCUAUCUGCUCCUGUUGGACAUGCCGGUGUUCCGCUACCGGAAAGCUGCUUUGAACCUGCGAGCGCGACAGUGGAGGAAACCUCAGAGAUUUACGACGAAAACACCGACAAGACAGGCGAAAUCAUAUUGAAUUUGCCCAUUGAAUUAAAGGUCAAGAUUACGCAAAAAUUGUCGCAAUACGAUCUGGUCAAUUUGGCGCGUACGUCUCGCGCGUUUUACGACGCGGCAAUGAUUUCCCUUUAUGAAAAUGUUGUAGUGGACUCUAACUACUCGUAUCUCAACGAUCCUUUGAGUUUGAAAGGGAAUUUCACGUUCAUCAAAUCGAAGUACAAUCUCAAAAAAUUUAUGGGGCUUCUGUCCGGCUCGGUGCCGGCACCGUUCCCGAUGGGCGUGCUGGUGAAAUCUCUCAGGAUUCUUAGUCUCCCCGACGGCGUGACGCAGCACGAGCUCAAAACUUUCGUAUACGGAAGUCUGCCCACCAUGUCUCGUCUUUCGAGGUUCUAUUGGGAUAGCGACUGCUACGUUCUGCCCGCGUCCGUGUUAGAAAUAAUCCCGAGCAAAAAAGAAGUUUCCGCGCUCUCGAUCAGUUUGGACUUUUCCCGACCCGAACAGCUCAAACUGGAGCCCUUUGACAACGUCCAAAAAUUGUCACUGAGACCGUUUCUGAAUUUCGAAAACCUGGGCUCUUUCGCGGAACACAUCCUGCUGGCAAACCGCUGCCUGAUUGAAAAACUGGAGACCCUGCAACUUUUCCGGGAGGUCCCGUCGUUGCUGCACAGACUCGGAAGCAGCGUCAGUUCGAGUCAGGCGUUAAUUGUGACCCAAUACAUGAUGGCAAACAACGUAGCGCAGCCGAGCAAUGCAGAAAGCGAUCGCGUGGUGCAAUUUAACCAGGUCGACGUGGGACUCUGGCGCUUUCUGGACCCCAUAGUCGGGAAAAAGCGCCGCUUCGAAUCGCUCGCGAGUCUAGAGAUCGAUUCUGUGAGUCUGGUGCCUGAGGACGCCCAGAAAUUGAGGGCCGCCGUGAAUCUGGAGAAUCUCCGGCACCUGAGUCUCACGCGGGUCGACGAAAUUAGGUUUUUGCCAGACGUGGAUUACGAAGUUCACGACAUGGGACAGCUUGCCAUCAGGCAUCCUGAGCCGGGGUUUCUGGCCCAGUUGUCGCCUUACCUGGCAAAACUCACCAGCCUGAGACUGGACUACCGCGAGCCCUUUACAGACUCCGUGGGAGCCUUCAUAGCCGCAUUGGAGUCCGGACCGGACGCCGUCACGUUGCACGAACUCGACGUGACGAUCCACUGGGACGCCGCCAAAAGCGGCGUCCUUUCGCCGACGUGGGAACUACUGGCCCAAAAUUACGUCGACGCCGUCCUGCGCCACAGCAACACGCUUACAAAACUGUCAUUGAUCGGCGUCGAGGAUUCUCGUUUCUACAAGCGCCAGAAACCCCUGCCGGCAAACUUGCUGACAGCCCUACGUCUUUGCACUAGCCUACGCAGCCUGAGAAUCCACGGCCAGUCGCUGCAUCCGUCUGGGGACUUACUCAUCCAUGAUUUACCCACACUCGCGCUUCUAGACCUUGUCGGCAAAGAGGCCGGCGGACCUGCCCAUAUGGGCCUGCAAGUGAUCCACGCCGGCGUCCUGGACAGCUGGUACAGGGUGAUUCACGUGGCCAUAACGCUAGCCCAAAACAACCCUGCUCUUAGAUUCAUUCGCAUAGACAAGUGCCUAUUCGAGUGCGGCAAGAGCGGGAACGUUUCUCCGAAGUCCGACAGCCUUUUAAGCUGGUUCAAAAGGCACACCAGGGUAAUGCUCUCUGCGGAAGAUUUCUGA